CACCAGCUGCAGGGCUGUUUUUAGUCUUUCUUCAGGGAAGGAACCAGCAGGCACACAUUCACUUAAAUAGAAUGUGAGCCAAAGACAAUUAUACGUAUUGCCACACAAUAAACUCCCAGAAAAUCAGACCGAUUAACAAACACUCGCAGAUGAUCCACAGAUAUAUACCCUAUGUAACUGCAGAUAAAGUAACUAACACAGAGAAGAUAACAAACAUGUAGACAAACACCCACACCCACAGGCUGCCGGCCCUUUUACAGAGUCACUGACCUCCCGGGGCCUCCUCUCCUUCAAUUACAAAACUUCAAGUUUUGCAACUUUAGGCAAGUUUCGCAAGUCUCUCUUUAAUCCUCUGCCAUUUCCACAGACUCUACAUUCUAGCCCUUUGCUGCCCUGCCUGUUCUAGACCUACUCCUCGUUGCAGCUUAACUUUGUGCCGCGUUCAGCUCUUGUGUCAAAGUGAAUCUCUUGUGGAACCAGACCAUGGGGACUCCGGAAGCCUGGAAGAUGUGGAUACUGUUGUUCGCGAUCUUCACACUACGACCUGUUGAAGCACAAGCUGUUGGUCUUGCAUACAAAUCUGGUGCAUUGUUUACGUAUAAGUACAAUGUGGAUUUGUUAUUGGAGACAUUAUCCAGUCCAGCAACAUCGGGAUUCAGGGUGGAAGCUGUCGUUGGCCUUCAUGUGGUUUGGGAACACAGCAGCAACCAACAUGAGCAGCUUGUUCAGUUGCAAAUUGAAGAAGCACAAUUGUUAAAUGUGUCAGAACGAAUGGGCGACCAAAGCAUCUUUAAAGAUAUUCCCACUGAGUCUUUGCCUACUGUGACAAAAGGAUUGAAAGCGCCUGUAAUGUUUCAUUGGAAAAAUGGAAAGCUGAAGGCUCUGUACGGCUCUGUUGAUGAAACAGGAUUUAUUUUAAACCUAAAGCGAGGCCUGGUCAGUCUUUUCCAGCUCCAGCUGAAUUCUGGUACCAUCACUGAGAUUGAUGUAUCUGGCAACUGCAGAGUCACCUAUGAAACUGCCAGUAACCAGGUGACAAAGAUCAAAGACCUUCGUAGCUGUGAGAGGCCAGAAUCCGGAUUGGGACUGUCCAAUCAGGUUCUGGGAGUUCAGUGGCAGCCCAUCUGUAAAGGCCUUUAUUCUGUGGAGAACGGCAUUAUCAAAACAGCUGUCAGUGAGGAGAGCCACGUGAUCAGCCUCAAUCUCCAAUCGACAGUUGGUGCGAAGAUCAUCUCAAGGCAGCAGCUUCGCUACUUGAGUUCAGAACAUAGGCCCGAAGAAUAUUAUGGGAAAAGUCUUCAGGAAACAUUGCACAACCUUCGAAUCGAUACACCCUUACCUCUGACUGGUACUCUUGAAAAGGCUCCCUGCAAAGUGUGCACACCUGCAAAUGAUUACUUGAAAAGCCUCAGUAAAAAGACUGCCCUGCAAGAUCUUUCUAAGGUAUCCACAGCAAAGACUUUCCUGGCUUUUGUUCAGCUAAUGAGAGAGGCAAAGAAGAUUGAAAUUCUGAACUUGCUGAAGAAAGCAGGAGACACUGAGAUCUGCUUCUUGAUAGACUCGGCUACAGCAGCACACACAGAGUCAUCGCUGAGUGCACUUUCCGAAUACCUGGAUUUCACCAAGGACGCCCAGAUUCCUCAAUUGCGGACAUUCUUGUAUGCCAGUGCCUUCUCUUCACACCCCUCCAAACACCUUUUACACAUCUUGCUGGCUAAGCUUCAGAACAAGAUACCAAGCAGAGAAAUCCAAGAGACAAUUGUCUUGGUGAUUGGAGCAGUGAUUGGCAAGAUGUGCCAGCAGAACCAGUGCAGACUCCAGGAAGUUGAGACUGCAAAGAAAACGAUCUUGGACAGGCUGAAUGCAGCUACGGAAGAGGCAGAUAUAAAAAUGUACCUCCUGGCCCUUAAGAAUGCACUCCUGCCAGAAACUAUCCAACUGCUGCUAAAAUAUGCAGAGUGGAAGAUGAGCUCGGUGGCAGCUAUUGCUGUGUCUAUACUACAGAGAUUCCCAACCAUCCAUAUCACCCAGGAGGUGAAGAAACAGAUGAACAUGAUUUUUCACCAGAGCAGGAAUCAGUACGGGGGAACUGUGCGACUUGCUGCGUUCGAUGUGAUUCUCAAUAACCAUCCCUCAGCCAUGGAGUUGAAAAAUAUCUUGCUGUCCAUCAGAGAAAUUGAAUCAGAACUAUCUAAGUUUAUCGUUGCAAAACUACAGAAUAUUCUACGCUCUGACUAUCAUCCAUCAAGCAAAUUAAUUCGCAAAGCCCUGAAAGACACAAUGAUCUAUAACUACCACCGACUGUCCAGAACUGGGAGCUCAUCCUCCUCCUCAGGCUAUUUAGCAGUUACUAAAGACGUGGUGACCUCAUACAACAUGGAUUUAAUCUUUGGAGACAGUGGUAUCUUGGAGCAGAGUCAGUCUGAUUUCAUAGUAUCUACCGAGAAAAAUAGACUUCUCGCAAGCCAGGUAUCAAUCGUAGCCCAAGGUCUCGACUCAUUUUUCAGGGAAAGUUCGAAGGAAGUUGAGGAUGAUGGUGAUGGUGAAGCCACGGCCAGUAUGUCAGUGAUCCUCUUUGAUGUCCAGCUCCCUCCUGUUGUGUUUUUCCAAGGAUAUAGCGACUUAAUGGAAAAGCUCUGGUCCCUCACUGAAGAACCCACAAGCAUAAUUAAAGGAUCCAUCUUAGUUAUUGACCAUCUACAGGCAAUCCAACUGCAGUCAGGGAUUCAAGCAAGCACUGAAUUCCAAGGAGGGCUUGGGAUUGAUGUUUCAGGCACCAUCGCACUCAGCUUGUGGAGUCAACAAUCUACAACUAACAUCAGAAAUCGGGGAUCAUUAGUGAUCAAUUCAGUAACCAAGGUGGAUACGCCCCUUCUGCAGGUGGGAGUGAACUGCAGUUUGGAAACUGCAGCUUCUCUGGAUUUUGUGAGUUCCGUUAAAUUUUUGGAAUCCCCAAUUCUGAUCUGUCUACAGUUGCUGAAGAAACCGUUCCCAUACAGAGAGACAGUUACGAUCUACCAGUCCUUGCGAAAGGGGGAUCCAUUUCUCAUCAGGAAGACGAGAACGUUACGAGUUCAGGGCAUGGAGUUACCGUUGCAUCGAGCCAACUCAGAAAUGUGUAAAAAGAUGCUCUCAGAGGAGGCAUAGGCUGCAGACUGAGUGAUCUUGUUCGACACUGUUAACAUGACUGGGAAUUUCCUUGCAACUGCUCCUUGCAGUAACAUCGCCUCAAGUGCACCGUAACACGCACCCCCCCACCGACAUUGAUUGACAUGCGAUUUCGAAGAAACUCCCAGCCUCUGUACACCUGUUGCCAGGCAAAUUAGCAUUGAUCUUUCAAAUGCAGUACUUGAGUUGGUACGAUUAGUGAAGCAAUUUAAAAGUGAAUUGCAAAAAUCAGUAAAAGCCGUAGAAUAUAACAGCGUGUCUCUUGGAGCUGUACUUUGGAUCAAAAGCCAUUUGUCCAAUCUACAGUUUACCUCAUGUUGCAAACACAACGGUGUUUAGUACGAAACUGUCUCCUUUCACCUAUUACCCAAUUUUUCUCUCUUCCCACUUCCAAUCACUUUAUCAACCACAAGGUCAAAGCAACAGGCUUCGACUUGGCUGCCUAUUUCUGCUGAGUCUUUCUGAGGCCUGGGAAGUUGUGGUGAGAUUGAAGUAAAAGCACCUCUUAGUGAGAUGAGAUACAACGGGAAUAGAAGGGCUGAACUCUCAAAAUGUAACCCUCAGAAAAAAAUAAUUGGUUGAUUUGUUUCUCAUUUAAGAAGUUGAAUUUAGUGCAUUGGAGAAACCCCGAACAGUGGGUUUCAUCAUUAACUGUGUAAGAUUUGCUCAUUUUUCGUUUGGAAAGAAGGUACCACAGUUCGAGGUUGAAUUCACUUCAGCAUAAAACCAACCUUACCAUCUUCCCAAGCGAUCACUUAUUAUUUAACUCCCAGGGCCUCACUAUGUUGCUCUGCAGGAUUUGGCAACCCCGUCUCAGCCUGAGAACUCUUUAUUCCUCUAACUCAGACCUCUUAUGCAUUCAUGAGUCCUUUCAACCCACUACUGAUAGCUAUACAUUGAGCUAUCUAGGUCCUAAACUCUGAAAUUCUCUACCUAAAUCUCUCCAUCUUCCCUCCUCUCUCCUCAGUCAAGGCACUCACCAAAAAUACACUUUUAACUGAGCAUUAGUUUUGACCUUAAUGAGGCUCAGUGUUAUCAUUUGUUUGAAAUGCAUCUCUCUGGGAUGUUUCACUGUGUUAAGGGGCUUUAUAAAUACAAUCCUAUUGUUUUAUUUCUCUCUUUGCUUCAUCCACUGGAAGCUGAUUGGCUGCCAGGACUCUUAGCCAAGUGGCUGUUCUUAGUAUGUCCAGCAGUUCGAUGGAACAAUUGUGUUCCUCAAUCAAAGCUGGCAGCUGGUAUCAAGGAGCCCAUGGGCAGAAAUAAUGGGAACUGUAGAUGCUGGAGAAUCGAAGAUAACAAAGUGUGGGGCUGAUGAACACAGCAGGCCAAGCAGCAUCUUAACGUCAGCUUUUGUGCCCAUGGGCAGAAGCUGUGGCUGCCAAGAUCAGCCAAUCAGUGGCCUUCGGCCCUCAGUAGCCCCUCUAGGGAGGCAGUGGCCACUGCCGGUACUGCACCCAACUAGAGCCUCAGAUUGAACAGGAUCCCAGGCUUGGGAGUGGUGGUGGGAGGGCAAUGAGUGAGCUGUACAGGGGGAUGGGUGAUGUAAGCUCUCAGCAGGCUCCCCCCCACCUUCCCAGUAUGUAUUCCCUCAAUUUUCCUGGAGCUGGUUCCUGUUGAACUUUCAGGAGCCAUUAUCCUGGCCAGUUCUUCUCUCUGUAUCCUAUGUACUAAGGGCCAUUCAGGGAACCCUGGUUGAUGUCCAAGAUGGUGGCAGCAGGGUCAGCAGUGUUUGGCUCCUGACUGCAGUGCCUCAGCUGCUCAUGGCUCUAGUGGUGUGUUCUGCCGCAUCUACGCAACUUUGUUGUCACGUCUUUUUCCUUGUUUUGGCUGCCCUGGAGCCUCCUCCUAUGGGAGGCCGGGGUCCCCCCUGUAUCUCCAUCCCCGUUCCAUCUCGGCUGGCAGUGGUAGACAAGCCAGGACCCCCUUGGUCAACACGCAGUGUUGGAGGAAGCUGUGGGACCCGUGCAGUGCGACUGUCUCCCAAUUAGAGGUGGUGGAUUUGGAAAUGAUGGGCCGGUGGUGGCACGAAAGGAGCACAUUGCCAGGACUCUGGGGACGGUAUCGGAUGGUGGUGACUGUGGGAGCAGAAAGGGGGAAGGCUGCAGAGAGAGAAAGGUGGACUUUUGAAGCUGUUUCAGUUUUACUAAAUAAUAAUUUAGCAUUAGUUUAUUCAGUAUUUUACAAUUAAUACACUUUAUUCAGUAAGUUAUUUUGUAAUCCAAGAUGAUCCCGGAAUAAGGUGACAUUAUCCACUUUCCACUGUACAAGUGACAGAAGAGCUUGAACCCUGGGCCACAAUGAGGAUUGCUUUCAGUGGGAAAGGAGAUCGAACCAUAGAAAGGGAUACAACACAGACAGGAGCGAUUUGGCCCAUUUCUCCAUGCUGACCCAAAGAAACACAGCUUCCCUUUCUACUUCCAUCUUCACAUAGCCCUGCAGCUUUACGCCCCUUAAGGUGCAGAUCCAGGUACUUUCUGAGAGUUUAGGGUCUUACACCAACUGGUUGAGAUAUAUGACCAACAGGCAACUCACUAUUAUCCAAGACCAUUUCACUCCCCAUCUUCCCUGUAACAGUUAGGACUAACAGGAGUUUAAAUCAGGCCCUAUCUUUAACAUAGCAAUUGCUGGUGAGCUCAGCCAGAAUAAUUUGGGUAGAUUUUGCCUGUGCUGCAUUUCAAUGCAGAACCAAUAAAGAAAGUACUACUGAAGUUUUAGACAGUUCCUAAAUUUCAGGUCACUUACUUAAUAAAUUUUAUUUGAUGAAUCUGCAGUUAAUUGUUUACAAUCAUUUUUUUUUGUCGUGUUUAAGUGAAUAACUGUCUUAAUAAACUUACAAUUUUGUCACCGAUUGAAACAGUUGUAAUUGCUAGAAUGUUGUCAGCUCAAGGUCAAAUGCUGGAAAGUUUGUCACAUGAUCUCCCACUUUGACCUGCUCCACACCCCACCCCCACCUCUUCCACCAUUGCCCAGUCCUUCCCACAUUGGGAAUUCACUUUAUUGAAAACAGAGGGCAAAAUCCACUUGUCACAGCCAACAAUUGCAGGUUGGGACCAUUUCCAACACUGAACACCACCAGGAUUCAGAGAUGGCCAAUCUUAUGGGAUAUGGUCAAUUUAGGACUGAACACAAACGAAGAGAUGCUGAUUUCUGAGCUCUGAAACAAACAGAAAUUGUUAGAGAAACUCAGCAGGUCUGUGGAAAGAUAGCAGAUUUAACGUUUCGAGUCCGGUGACCCUUCUUCAGAACUUCAGCCCUGUCUUAAAGACUCUCACAUCCUUUCUUUGUUUUUCGCUGAUGUUGACCGUUUUCAUUUCUGAGGGGUAAGAGGUGAAGGGCCUGUACUGUGCUGUACAGUUCUGUGUUCUAUGCUUAAUGCCUCAAAGUGUUUGUUCUGAUUCUAGGGCAAAACCUCUUAACACUGGGUACUGUAGCCUGAUGUGAUGGGGAAGCUGGUGGUCUUUCCCUAGUUGCACCAUUGCCUCCCAGAAAAUGCGAAGCAUCAGUUUGUGCUGAUGUUAAUCGUCAUCUCAGCCAAUAUGGCGCUGGCACGGUAGGUGCUGUUUGGAGUUAUUGGAUCCCAUCUGCUCCAGGCCGGUAGCAUUGUUUUCUCCAUGUACUUCUUUUUCUUCUUCCUUCCUUUUUCAUCUUUGAGGCUCGAGCAGGGCGACAUUAGCUGCAGCGUUGGUGGCAUGGAUUGGGACUUCUGUCAGCGGUAAGGCCAGAGCCUGGACUCUUGGUGGCAGUGGUGCCCAGUUCAGGGACUCAUGGCAGCAGUCGGCCUGGAGCCUAGAUCCCUGGUGAUGGUAGGCCCGGAGUCAAGACCCCUGGUUACGGUAGGCCCGGAGCCUGGACUCUUGGCAAAUAUGGUGGCAGCAGAGCCAAGAUCUCCUGGGACAUCAGUGUCGUUGCUGUUCCUGGAGUGGGACUCCUUGAGGCUCACCUUUCAGAGACCUUGCAGAAGCCCUGAAGCUGUGCUUGAAACCUCAACUUGAACAGAAGAUGAACUCUUAUUUAAGUAAUUUAUCUUUAACUUUAUCAUAGCUCAAAAUGGCACUGGAUUAUGGCGACAAAACACUUUUCACUGCAUUUUCAAAAUAAAUAUGAUAAUAAAUCAUUCAUUCAUGCUCAGGAGAUGGCUGGUGUGAGAAAUAGAAAGCGAAAAUAACCUUUUGAUGAAGAGGGAAUGACUGUACAAGCUGGGGAUAGGGAGCGUUGUGUGGGGUUGGAAAAGUGGAUGGGGUCCUUUGUGAGUUUGGUGCUAAACAUGGUGGGAUGGGAGAAUGUUGCAAGUUUGGACAUGGAGGCCGUUGGACCAAGUCUAUCAUUGUUUCCCCAUUUAAAUCACCGUUAAAGGAAGUCCAUUCAUGCAAUUUAUUUUAUAACUGACCUGAAGCUAUUUGCUGCUUAAGGGGAUGUGCAAAAGUAAUGAAUUGUGAUUAGAAAUAUUUCAAUGAAAUGACACGAACUCCAAGAAGAUGUUACUUUGAGAUUCGCUAUGUGAGUAAUCUGAGAUGAUAAAUGUUGCAUUCUUAAGAGAAUUGAGGUACUUUAGUUCAUAAAGUUCUUUCUCAUUUGGGAUUAUUCUUGCCUUAUGUUUGGGUCU